GUGAAAGAAGCCAAUUCGCCUAACAACGCCUCAACCACUCAAAAAGCACGCUUCACGCUUUUCCAACAAUGUCUUGUGAAGCGAAUUACCAAAUUACCAGUGAUCAAGGACGCCGAAUGUAAUAUCAUAACAUUGGGGAUUGGGUAUGAUGUUCAAGUUGAGGAAAAACUAAAGAAAUUGGUUCCGUCUCAAUGUCAUUUUUUCGGUGCUGAUCCAGUAGUGCAAGUUAAUAAACAAAUUUAUGAAAGGAUAGGAAAAUAUUUCCCAUUUGCUGUGAGUGCGAUAGAUGGUUUUGGUGAAGCACAAGUUCUUGGAUGUGAGGAAUAUUUGUGCAAUAUGAAUUUUGAUCUAUAA